AUGGAAAGCUGCAACAAGAUGAUCGAUUCUAUCCGGGACGGCAACCCUGCCGGUCCUUGCAAGAAACCUCGCUACGAUCAUGAUCUGGUGCCGAUGGACCAUCCCGACGAAUGUCGUAAGUGCCAAACCGAACAAGCUAGUCCAUCGGUUGGUAUGUCUGGCUUCACCCGUCUCGAGGGCGUUGAAGCCUCGUCUCAUGGCUUUUCUUCUGAUAAGAACGAGCCCGAAUCACUGAACCCUGUUGCCAACAUCCGCGGCAAUUUCAAUAAGGUGCACGAACCUGUCAAGCGCACGCUGAAUGGCAAGCACUCCUGGGAAAUGGUCGACUCCCCUAAACCCCCUAAAGAGAUUUUGGAUGGUGAGUUCACUUUGCUUUCUCCUGAUUGCCCCCCAGAGGAGCGGGCUGUCUCCAAGAAGCGUAAUAGAUUCGCUUCUGGGCUUGCAUCCUUGACAAACCGCACCGGACCUCGAUUCUUAAGCACAAAGUCGCUUUUUGGCUCUUCAUCCUCAUCGUACCGUCGUUCCUUUGGAAUUCGUAGUCAGAAAAAAGCACCAUCCACAAACUCUGAAACAUCGCGUCAAGGUAAGGAGAACUCCUGGGAGCAUGAGCUGGUGGAUAUGCCCGAAUCACCUAACAACAAGACUUACUCUAGCCAUACGGGGACUGUUCAUCCUCAGGAUAGAGCGCUGCCAAACUUGCUUGAAGUCGAAGGCGAUAGUGAGUGGAUUUCGAUGAGCCCUCCCCAGUAUGACGCGGGUGUCUUGAACCAGCCACUCUCUCCUAACCUGACCUUUUACCAGGAUGAUUCCGACGACGAAGACGAAAAUGGCCCUAUGGACGACGCAUCUCUUCUGAAUGAUACCCUUAGUGGAUCUGAAUCGGUACCGGGGCUCGAACGUACCUUCGACCUUCUCACCGUUUCGGACAAACUCGCCCCCAUCUUCCCCUCGUCAGAGUCCUCAUUGGCUCUGCCGGGCAAACGGCAGAAUAUAAUGGACGAGGAAAUCGCUGGUUCUGCACAGGGGUGCCCGCGUUUUUAUCAUCUAUAUCGGGAGGACCUGUCUGGUGACCGGUUAUUCGACAAGAGCCUGUAUAGCAAGGACGAUCACGAACUUGCAAUCCAUGAAGCCGAAACUAUUCUGGCUAAUUCUGAAUUUAUCGCUCCUUAUUGGAAGGGUCCCGAUAGGUCGAAAUCUCAAAGCCUUGCCCCUCUAUCCCCGACAACUGACCCUGGGUCCCAGAAGAUGCCUGGUCCGUUUGAAGGUGGGCUUCGUGGAUUGCAUCAGCAAUUCCCGAGCUUGUUUGGGAAGGCAUUCCGUGCUAGUGAUGAGUUUUGGUAG